GCUUAGUAGUCAGGCCAAGCGUACCGUCUUCAACACGAGCUGUGAGUUGGGGCUGAGCUGCACAUCACUCGGCAUCGAAUACGCAAACUCAAUCUCAGCCUCGCAUUCACCACGCUCGUUUUCACUGUAAUCGUUUGCUGUCGUGUGUGUCGCCCCCGCAUGAUUAACACGGUUUGGAACCCUUCAUCUGGCCCUUCUAGCCUUCUGAGACGUCAAACCACCCCCUGGACUUGUUCGUGGCCACCUUUGUCGCCUCAGCCAGCGCAAGGUUCUAUCCUUUCUCCAUCCCCGCGACCUGUAGCGGUGCAGUCAUAGUCCAUCUAACUCACACUCUCGGCAUUCAACGAGUGUCGCACUCAUAAUUCAUUGCGCAUUUCCCUCGCGCGACUUCCUUUACGAUCCCACGCUUUCCAUAACUUCACGACUACGAGCGCUUAUCCACCAUGGCGGCCAACGACUACUUCAAUCCCUCCGGCCCGCCGCAACACAAAAAUGAUGCGCCCCUACCGCCCACGCCAGGCAACCACACACAGCAAUCCGUCUCCCCCGUCAGUUCGCCCUUCGACGACCGGCCAUACCCAGGGCAAACACAUAGUAGUGGUGCCCUGGGCGGCUAUCCCAUCGAUACAUCGUACUCAAACACAUCCUAUCAACAACCGACACAAUACGACUCUACCGCACAUAUCAACGACCCGUACGCGCGACAACCAGAUCCGUUUGCCGACCAAAACGCAAUACCGCUGCAGAAUCAACAGAAUCAACACAAGAAUGACGGAGACGCCCCACUGCGAUUUAAUAACGAUCCCGAGUAUUACGGCAUGGGCGUACAACCUGCACGGAAAAAGAGCAAAAAGAAGAAGGGCUUAUUUAGUGGGCGAGUGACGUGGGUUGUAUACAUACUCACAGCCGUACAAGUAGGCGUCUUCAUUGGAGAAUUGGUAAAGAAUGGCAUACUAACAGGAUCACCCAUCCAAACCAAACCAACCUUCAACAUCAUGAUUGGCCCCUCACCCUACGUCCUCAUCAACAUGGGCGCCCGCUUCACACCCUGCAUGCACAACAUCAGAAAGGCAAUCGAAGCCAACCCACCCGUCCUCGAAUGGCCUUGUCCCAACACCACAACCAUCAACGCCGACGCACCCAAAUGCACCCUCGCGGAACUCUGCGGCAUGGGUAGCGGUGUCCCCGACCAAACCGGCAUCACAAGAUUCGAUGACCACAGCCGCGAGCCCAACCAAUGGUGGCGAUUCAUCACGCCUAUCUUCCUCCACGCCGGACUCAUACAUAUCGGCUUCAACAUGCUCCUCCAAUGGACUCUAGGCCGCGACAUGGAAAAAGAAAUCGGCCCCCUCCGCUUCCUCCUCGUGUACUUCUCUGCUGGAAUCUUUGGCUUCGUCCUCGGUGGAAAUUACGCACCUGAAGGCCUCACAUCCGUCGGCUGCUCGGGUUCGCUAUUCGGUAUCCUCGCUCUCACUAUGUUGGAUCUACUGUACAACUGGUCCACACGCCGCAGUCCCGUAAAAGACUUGCUGUUUCUCCUCCUCGACAUGGCCAUCGCUUUCGUCAUCGGCCUCCUCCCCGGUCUCGACAAUUUCUCCCACAUUGGCGGCUUUUGCAUGGGCUUGGUAUUGGGUAUUUGCAUCAUCCACUCCCCGCAGAGUCUGCGUGCGCGAACCGGUAUGAACGAGCCGCCAUACGCAACAGUGGACACCCAGCCCCUAGCCCCGACAGCCGAGGAAAGUAAAACCAAAAUCUCCGCCUUUGCCAAACAGCCCGUGGGCUUCUUCAAGGGCAGGAAGCCGCUUUGGUGGGCGUGGUGGGUUCUUAGGGCUGGCGGGCUCGUCGCUGUCUUUAUAGGGUUUAUACUGCUGCUGAGGAACUUUUAUGAGUGGAGGAAUACUUGUAGUUGGUGUAAGCAUUUGAGUUGCUUGCCCGUCAAGACAAAUGGUGUCAACUGGUGCGACAUGGGUAGUCUAAACUUCACCAGCACUACGUCGACGACGCCCAAUAAGCGUGCGUUGGAGCCGCUGAGUUUGGCGUGGGAAAUGGGUCAGAUGGCGGCGCGGGCAUGAGACAGGGUAUAGUGGAAUUGUUCGCGUUUUCAAUGAAAGAAGGGACUAAUUAUUUUCUUUCUUCUACUCGUAUCACAAAGUAUGAUAUAACGGCUGGAGUUGAAAAGGAAAGGGGGCAUUUCGAUACCACAGCAUUGCAUCAUCUGGAAUUCACAGUAUUUUCUUUUUCAAGCACUUGGGUGACAUGGCAUACUUGGCAGUGUGGGUAAGCACCUAAUAGACGUGUCUGACGCGUACAGUAUCCUUUGUACACUAGUAUGCCAAGUAUUUCAUGUCACUCAGGCGUUGCAAGAGGGAAGAAGAUAGAGCUCAUAUCAUUUGAUUAGGAGC